CGCAAUUUGACGGCGAACGGCGCUGCGAGUGCUCAGUCGCUUGAAACGUCACGCUGGGGUUAUGUUUACAAUCCGAUAUGCGAAACACAAUAACGUCAGGGGAUUACACACGCCGCUCGAGCUUUACACUACGCAUGGUCGAACACGAUUGAUUAUCGUCGGUCAUGUGAAAGCUUGACGUGACCUCGUUUACGCUUUUGUGUCGCCGGAACAACCGUCGUAAUAUCCCGCAAUCGCGUGUCGUCCGCUCGGCUCUUGGUCGUCCGACGAUUGUUAAACUCUCGACGAUGUUGGAAGGCGUUAAGCACGUGCUGUUGGUGCUCUCGGGAAAAGGCGGCGUCGGCAAGUCGACAAUCAGCACUCAGCUGGCGCUCGCCUUGAAGGAGUCGGGCUUUCGAGUCGGGAUCUUGGACGUCGAUCUUUGUGGCCCCAGCGUGCCUUAUUUACUGAACUUGGAAGGGGAAGAUGUUCACCAGUCCUCUGAGGGGUGGAUACCAGUGUUCGCCGAUUCGGAGCAGAAGCUGUCCGUCAUGUCGAUUGGUUUCCUCCUGAAAAGUCAGAACGACAGUGUGGUUUGGCGCGGGCCCAAGAAGAACGGCAUGAUCAAACAGUUUCUGGCGGACGUGGUCUGGCGGGACAUCGAUUAUCUCAUCAUCGACACACCACCUGGCACUUCCGACGAGCACAUCACAGUCAUGGAGAACCUGAGAGACGUGAAGUGCGACGGCGCGAUUAUAGUGACGACUCCGCAGGCAGUUGCGGUGGACGAUGUUCUACGAGAGGUGACAUUUUGUAGAAAAACUGGCAUUCAUAUAAUCGGCAUCGUUGAGAAUAUGAGCGGCUUUGUCUGUCCUUCGUGUACAGAAUGCACCAAUAUAUUCUCCUCGGGCGGCGGUAUAGCUCUUUCGGAGAUGGUGAAGGUCCCGUUUUUAGCUAAGGUACCUAUAGACCCACAAGUCGGCCAGUUAGCGGAUAAGGGGCAAAGUGUUCUGGUGACGUUACCCGACAGUCAAGUCGCACAGGUGUUUAGAAAAUUAGUCGAAGAACUCACCAAGAGUAAGGAGGCUUGAAGACGGUACUUGCACUGUGCGUGAUCCUUAGCGUUGCUCACUCGUGACGGCCUACUAUCUUUAUUCCCAGACAAGCUUAUUUACAGGAAAUUGUAUAUACAAGUAUCUCUGUGAGAUAAUUGUUUUUAUACUAUAGUAUACGGAGUUGCAAAAGGAAAAUAAAAAUGUUAUUUUAUCGUACAAUUUACAUUGUAAGAAAGGAAAGGGGGAUUACCGAAAGACAGGAUCUGUAACAAGCA